GUUCAUUGUAGAAGUGGAUGUAGAUAAUUAAAAUUAAAACAAUGAGAGUGAAAGAGAAAGUAAAUAGUUCAAAAAUGUCGUAGGUUAUAGUAGGUUAAGAUAAAAAAAUGUAAUAUAUAGGAGUGAUAUAAUCCUGCAGCAUUUUUAUAGAAUGUACCAUGAUGGGUCAAAUAGUUUUAAAAGUUAAACACGUAAUAUUUUUUGUUAUAUUUAUUGUUAUAGUAUUAUUUGUGGCUUUUAAAUAUUUACAUGGAGCCGGUAUACAGACAUACAAUAAAUAUAAAAAGUCAUUACAAGAAAAUAAAGAACUAAAAUUUCCUGAGGAUGUUAGGCAAGCUACUUUCUUAUUAAAUGAGGCAUAUAAAAGAAUUGAAAGUCUUGAAGAGAAAAUAGUAUUGCUGGAGACCAGAGUACCUAAAACUUAUCCAGAUGUGCAUUUUUUAAAUUAUCUUUCUAGGAAACGAAUUUUGGUAACAGGUGGUGCUGGUUUUGUAGGUUCUCAUUUAGUGGACAAGUUAAUGGCACAAGGUCAUGAAGUGAUUGUUGUUGAUAAUUUUUAUACGGGUAGAAAAAGUAAUGUACUACACUGGAUAGGUCAUGAUAAUUUUGAACUUAUCCACCAUGAUAUAGUUAAUCCCAUAUAUAUCGAAGUAGAUGAAAUAUAUCAUCUUGCAAGUCCAGCUAGCCCUCCUCAUUAUAUGCAUAAUCCUGUAAAAACUAUAAAAACAAAUACGCUUGGAACAAUAAAUGUACUAGGUCUUGCUAGAAGGUUAAAUGCUAAGGUGUUAAUUGCCAGCACAUCAGAAGUGUAUGGAGAUCCAGGUAUUCAUCCUCAGCCAGAAUCCUACUGGGGUUAUGUUAAUCCAAUAGGUCCUAGGGCAUGUUACGAUGAGGGGAAAAGAGUGUCUGAAACAUUAACUUAUGCAUAUGCUAAACAAGAAAAUAUGCAAGUAAGAGUAGCUAGAAUUUUUAACACUUAUGGUCCUCGGAUGCAUAUGAAUGAUGGUAGAGUAGUGUCUAACUUUAUUUUACAAGCACUUCAGGAUGAUGUCAUAACUGUAUAUGGAUCUGGUGAACAAACUAGAUCUUUUCAGUAUGUAUCAGAUUUAGUAGAGGGCCUUGUUGCGCUUAUGAAUUCUAAUUAUUCACAACCAGUAAACUUGGGUAAUCCAGUGGAGCGUACAAUAAAUGAAUUUGCUACUAUUAUUAAAACACUUGUUGGUGGGCACAAUAACAUUGUUCAUGUGAGUGAAGUAGAAGAUGACCCUCAAAGGCGACGACCAGAUAUAACAAGAGCAAAAAAGUAUUUAAACUGGGAGCCAAAAGUUGAACUUAAUGUUGGACUUCAGAAGACUGUUGAAUAUUUUAGACAAGAAUUAAAACGAUUCCAACACACUCCUAGAAAUAAAUUCAUUAUUGAUAAACAUCCCUGACGAGAAUAUUUUUUUAAUGUUAUAUGGCUGUUACAAUUGUAAAAAUGCACUUAUUGUUAUGUCUAAUUUAAGUCUUAUAAAAUAGAUCAUGUUACGAUUUUU